CCUGCUACCCGGCGGCUCAGACCCGGCCCGAGCGCCCUCCGAGAACACGGACAGGGACCUGCACGGGCACGGGCGCGGCGCCGGAGGCUCCUCUCGCGGGCGGGGGCUGCGCUACCAUGGCGGACAAGGAGGCCGGCGGCAGCGACACUGGGCCCCGAGAAAUGACCCCUACGUCUGCAUACUCAUCUCCAGCCCGGAGUCUGGGGGACACAGGAAUAACACCUCUGUCCCCUUCCCACACUGUGAACGAUGCCGACCCAAACGUCUCUGAGCAGCAGACGUUUCUCGUGGUGGUGGCUGUCGACUUUGGGACCACAUCCAGCGGCUAUGCCUACAGCUUCACCAAGGAGCCAGAAUGCAUCCAUGUGAUGAGGCGAUGGGAGGGAGGCGACCCUGGGGUGUCCAACCAGAAGACUCCAACCACCAUCUUGUUGACUCCGGAGAGGAAGUUCCACAGUUUCGGGUAUGCUGCCAGGGACUUUUACCACGACCUUGAUCCCAAUGAGGCCAAGCAGUGGCUGUACCUGGAGAAGUUCAAGAUGAAGCUGCACACCACUGGGGACCUCACCAUGGAUACAGACCUGACGGCAGCAAAUGGCAAGAAAAUCAAAGCCCUUGAAAUCUUUGCUUAUGCCCUGAAUUACUUUAAGGAACAGGCGCUGAAGGAGCUGAGUGAUCAGACGGGUUCAGAGUUCGAGAACUCUGAUGUCAGAUGGGUUAUCACAGUGCCUGCCAUCUGGAAACAGCCCGCCAAGCAGUUCAUGAGACAAGCUGCCUACCAGGCAGGCCUGGCUUCCCCCGAGAACUCAGAGCAGCUCAUCAUUGCCUUGGAGCCCGAGGCGGCCUCCAUCUACUGCCGGAAGCUGCGGUUGCACCAGAUGAUCGAGCUGAGCAGCAAGGCCGCGGUCAAUGGGUACAGCUCCAGUGACACAGUAGGAGCUGGGUUUGCACAGGCUAAGGAACACGUACGACGUAAUCGGCAGAGUCGAACCUUUUUGGUGGAGAACGUCAUAGGAGAAAUCUGGUCCGAGCUGGAGGAAGGUGACAAGUAUGUGGUAGUGGACAGUGGCGGUGGCACCGUAGACCUGACAGUCCAUCAGAUACGGUUACCAGAGGGACACCUUAAAGAACUGUACAAAGCAACAGGUGGACCCUAUGGAUCUUUAGGAGUAGAUUAUGAAUUUGAAAAGCUUCUGUGUAAAAUAUUCGGAGAGGAUUUUAUUGAGCAAUUCAAAAUCAAGCGUCCUGCAGCCUGGGUUGACUUAAUGAUUGCAUUUGAGUCUCGCAAAAGGGCAGCUGCCCCGGACCGAACUAACCCGCUGAAUAUCACCCUGCCUUUCUCCUUCAUCGACUACUACAAGAAGUUCCGUGGGCACAGUGUGGAGCACGCCUUGAGGAAGAGCAAUGUGGAUUUUGUGAAGUGGUCCUCACAGGGGAUGCUGAGGAUGAGUCCAGAUGCCAUGAACGCCCUUUUUAAGCCGACCAUUGAUAGCAUCAUCGAGCAUCUCCGGGACCUGUUUCAGAAGCCGGAGGUGUCCACGGUCAAGUUCCUCUUCCUGGUGGGCGGCUUCGCCGAGGCGCCCCUCCUGCAGCAGGCGGUGCAGGCUGCCUUCAGUGACAAAUGCCGUAUCAUCAUCCCCCAGGACGUGGGCCUCACCAUCCUCAAGGGCGCCGUCCUCUUCGGCCUGGACCCCGCUGUCAUCAAGGUGCGCCGGUCCCCACUCACCUAUGGGGUUGGGGUGCUGAACCGCUACGUGGAGGGCAAACACCCACCCGAGAAGCUGCUGGUGAAGGACGGCACUCGCUGGUGCACUGACGUCUUCGACAAGUUCAUCUCCGCUGACCAGUCUGUGGCCCUGGGCGAGCUGGUCAAGCGCAGCUACACCCCGGCCAAGCCCUCCCAGCUGGUCAUCGUCAUCAACAUCUAUAGCUCUGAGCUCGACAACGUGAGCUUCAUCACCGACCCCGGGGUGAAGAAGUGCGGCACGCUGCGCCUCGAUCUCACGGGGGCCAGCGGCACUGCCGUGCCCACCCGCAGGGAGAUCCAGACCCUCAUGCAGUUCGGGGACACCGAGAUCAAGGCCACGGCCGUUGAUAUAGCCACCUCCAAGAGUGUCAAGGUUGGGAUCGACUUCUUGAAUUACUAACCGGCCCUCCCCGCCGCCUGUCCCCUUGGACUCAGCUCACCUGCAUCCGCUGACCUCAACCCUGACUGUUCUUUCCUGCCCUUGACCCUAGCCAUCACCCGUCUGAAUCUCAGCAGGGAAGAUGAGAACAGCCAGGGCUAGAAAUAAUUAGGGAUUUUUGAGGGCACACUGGAGUCAGAAAAACUGUUGGCAGUGCAGAUGGAGGUUGGGAAGUAAGGAAUUUGAGGAUCCAAAAAAAGCAGCUAGUUUUCAUAGGUACGAAGUGGUGAAACCUGCCCCCCAACCCCAACGCCGCCCCACAAGGGAAUCAGUACAUUUCUGCAGCAGUGAUCGGGCUUGGGUCGAAGAGAUCUCCCUUAUGUAGAACUUAGGAUGCCCUGUCGCGAUCCUUCCAGAUUUGAAAUAAGAUCUUUGAGCCAGGAGGAGAUUCUUCAUCUCUCUUGAGACUUUUCUUUUUUUACAUAUCUUGGAUGGCAGUCGAUAUAAAAUGCCAUCCAUCUGCAGUUAAUUUCUUUUCAUCAUGGUGUGAUUAAAAGUGAUGAUUCACUGGGAACUUGGAGGGUUUUUAGCUGGUGAGAGAAGACUGCCUACACUGGGCGCUAUUUUAGGUUCUCAUCAUUUAAAUUCCAAAAAGGUUUAGUGAAGAAUAACUGUAGCUUCAGCUAAUCCACUAGGAUUUGUGAGUAGGAGAGCUGACACCUCAACUUUUCAGCAGGUAAAAAUUUGCUUCGAGGGAAAUGGAUAUUGAGCUAGUGACAUAUCCCAAAUUAUAUGCUGUGAUAGAACUCCCCAAAGGCCAAAUCCUGAUUUCUGAAUUCAUAAGUAAUCUGAGUUAACCUUAGUAGGAUUCUGUGUGAGAAAAUGAAGUUGCAGUUUGCCUUGUUCACAUCACCAAGCCCGGGAGUCCGGAACAGCCCCUCCCCUUGACAGGCACACGUAUUUUAAACGAACUCCCUCCUCCCUGCUUGCCCUCAUCUCCCUAAGAGAUUUGGCCAUUUAUUUCCACAUUUUGAAAAGAAUACAUUGGUGAUACAUGGGCAGAGAAUCUGUUAAAUGAAAUGUUUCAUUAAAAUCUUCAGUUUUAAAACUAGAACUGAAGAUUCUAUCCAAAGGCAUUCAGAGAUCUGUACUUGGUGAAUGAAGCUGGGUUUUUUCAAAGCAGAUCUGUGUAUCUCCCGCGCAAGAACUGCCUGGGUGCUUCUGAAAACCAGGUUCCUGGAUUCUAUCCCUUUUAGGAACUCAAGUCUUGGAGAGGGGAACCAGAAUCUGCAAUUUUUAGUAAAUGCCACAGGGGACUGUGGUUCAAUUGGAAUUUGAAAACUCCUAACUUCAGGGUUUUGGAAAGCUGGGGCACAGACCAGAGCCUGCAGCUUCCAGUUGGGUUCCCUUAGGGAGUGAGUCUACAAGUGAAGAACCACAAUCCCACAUGUUGCCCUCUUGUGAGUGGGGCUGGAGCUCCAGCUGGCUUGGGGAUGGCACUUUAAACCUUCACAGGAAGGGCCUGGGGAGGAAAAUGAUUGGAAGAAAGGCAGCCUAAGAAUGGGGCUGAGGAACCAACUGGUGUGUGUGCCCGCUCUCCAUCCUUCCCCACUUGCAAAGCCAGUCUUCAACAUUCAGGAGCCAACUGAGGAAAAGAAUCAAGAACCUGACUCAGCCCAUGUGAUCUGUUCAAAGCUGUCUUUUCCACCUGCUGGAGUUAAUUCGAUUUUAAAUCACCAGAGGCAUGCAUAAUGAAUGAGGGGAGGAUGGAUGACUCAGCUACUAACUUUAAAUGCAACUUGUAUUCAAACCCUUUAUCACAGCCCAUUAUCAUAUGCAGAUUUUAAGUAGCAUUUCCAACUUCAUUCUAAGUGUCUUCUUUUUCACAUCGCUUGCUGCAGAAUUCCCUACUAGAAUGUGAAACACUAACAAACCACAGAACUAGAGAAUGCUAGUCACGUACUUAGUAGCGGGGUUUCGCAUCGAGACACAAAUGUGUGCUCUAGGGUUCUCUUGCUGCCUGCUCGGCUUCAAAAGCUAAAUGUUAUGGGUCUUUCUUGGGUGUUGCCAGCCAUACUCUACAAACAAGACUUUUCCAUUUAGUUAUAAGUAAUAUAAUUUUAUGUACAUAUAAUAUUUGAAAAUUGUACAGAAUCUUGAUUUCUACAAUGUGCUCUUGUUAAAAAAAAAAAGGGGAAAAUGCUCUUUGAAUUUUGUUGAUGACAUUGCUGCCUUUAAGUUUCCAUGGUUUCAUUUCUUAAUUGUGCUUACUAGACAUUGAUUUGUACUGAUGCUAAGCUAUGGACUGUGUGUGCAGACUGAGCAACAGACAGAGGUGCCUAGGGUCAGAAUCCUCUACGAAAUAGACCGGCUGGAUUGACAGCUCCAUCAGACCCUUCUACACACACAUCCUUCCCAAAGGUUCACAGUUUAUAUUUAAAGGUGCAUAAUAAUGUAUCGGUUCUCCUGAACUGUCUUUGAGAGCUGAACGUUCUGGUUCUGUAAGCCACGUGACUGUGCAGAAAAGCCUCCGACAACUCUGUGUCCCCGCAGGGCUGUCAGCGUCUCCUUGUGGGGCGAAGCAGUCACUCUGAAGGCAAAGUGGGCUGUUUUCAGGACACCAGAAUCAAAGGAAGGAAUCAGGUGGUACACACAUCCAGCUUUGCUACUGGAUUAAGUGUAGGUGUGAGUAAUAGAGUCAAGUCCUUUUCUUGGCUAAUGUAAGGCCUUUCCCAUCUUGCAUUAAGGAUGUCUCCUUGUCUACUAUUUCUCGUAAAUGAAAUGGUUGAAAUUUGCAAUGUUGGCAAAAAGAUAAUGGAGAGGGGGUGAUAAUUUUACUGGAUUCUCUUCUGCCCCAGAGAUGCAGCCCUGAUAGUCAGACUUCUUAGAGGGAAUCCUCAAAUCCACCCCUUCUCCCCUUCCCCCCCACAGAAAUAUUCUAGAGUAAGAACACUGGAUAGGUAUACUUGGACACAUUUUCUAAUCUUAGAAAGUUUCUAAAAGGCCUGUUGUCUUAACCCAUUACUCAGUUGUCCCUAGCAUCUUAUCUGAGGUUUAAGUUUCUUGGAAGCAGAACUGUCAAAGGGUUUCCUUUGUAACUUCCCUUUCUGUACACAGCAAGCAAGCAUUAAUAAAUGUUGAAUGUCAGACAAGAAUGUCAGAUGGACAAGAGAGGAAAGAGGAAACAUACAAGCAUUUCUGCAGACCGAUGGCUAAGAUGAAUCCAGAUUCCAGAGCCUGCCCUACCCCUAGAAUGUUAUGUAGAUCAAGUUUAGCUUUUAGAGUCCAGGUCUGGUUAAUUGCCAGGGUGGCAAAGAAUCGCAUGCACCUAUAUAAACAGGAGUCAAAAUGCAUUAUUAGCUGAAGAUCGAAUCACACAUUGUAGAGAUGAAAUAGCUGUGAUUAAGCUGCAUAUUUAUGCUGGGAAAUGGCUGAAGUGGAUGACUAGUAUAAAAGUUGUUGGCCAUAACAUCAUAUCUCUUAUCUGCUUGGAAUAUGGAAAUAUAUUCUAAAAUAACAGCCACUGGGGUCUUGUUCACUAUAAAUUCAAACUCCACAGAACUUGGCAGCAAUUCACAAUUUGACUGUAUCUGCAAACUGUCUUCACAGACGUCUAAUAAAGCAAAA